AUGAGUGCAAAGAAGCGGAAGUAUCUUGACGAAUAUAUUCGAUUUGGAUUCGUGUCGCUCCAAAAGGGUGACACAGAGGUCCCCCAGUGUGUGAUAUGUUACAAGACUCUGAGCAAUGAUGGAAUGCGGCCCUCACGCUUGGAACGCCACUUGAGGACAACACAUCCUGCUCUAGCUGACAAGCCCAAGGCAUUCUUUGAAACAAAAAGACACUCCUUGAAGCAAGUUAAGUUGGAUGGCAGUGGGGCAUUUCGGCAACAAACUUCAAAGGUUGUUGAGGCUUCCUAUGGGAUCGCCAUGUUGAUUGCAAAGAGCAAGAAGAGCCAUAACAUCGGAGAGUUUCUCAUAAAACUAAGCAUACUCCAUGCAGCAGAGCUC